AAGUGCAGGGGUUGAAAAGCCGCAGAAAAAAGAAUUUUCAACCUGAAGACUCUUUUCCGCCCCGAGUCAAAUAACUCUCGAAUGAGUCAUUGGUGAUUCGCGGCCGGACGGUGAAGCAUUCUCGACGCCGGAAACUUUGAAAGGGGAUGUAAACGUGUUUAUAAUCAUAAAUUUUCUAAAGAAGAAUCCAUUGCGACUCCGUCUUGUGUCACUUCAUCUGCGUUCUCUUUGAUUCUCGCCUUUUUUCUUUUUUUUCCGCUGGAGGGGUGUCUAAGCGCAAGGCUUGGGUUAGGGAAACUUGAAAAUGGACGACAACUGGACUCCAUCGUCCUGGACUUUAAAGCCAGUAAAGCAAGAGGUUGUCUAUGAAGACAAAGAGCGCUUUCAGGCUGCUCUGCAGAAAUUGCAGAGACUACCGCCCUUGGUGACUCCUUACGAGGUUGCAAAUCUUAAAGACAGUCUGAAAAAUGCGGCGCUCGGAAGAGCGUUUGUCCUUCAAGGUGGUGACUGUGCUGAGCUCUUUGACUAUUGCAACCAGGAUAUGAUCGAAUCCAAAAUCAAGUUGAUUUUGCAAAUGAGCUUGAUUUUGAUUUGGGGAUCGAAUAAACCAGUUAUUCGCAUCGCCCGGAUCGCUGGCCAAUUCGCAAAACCACGAUCAAGCCCCUGUGAGACGAUAAAUGGCGUAACAAUGCCAUCUUUCCGCGGAGACAAUGUCAAUGGCUUUGACCCAACGCCCGAAUCUCGUAAACCUGACCCGUCAAGGCUGGUUUCAGCCUAUUUCCAUUCCGCGGCGACUCUCAACUACGUUCGCAGUGCACUCUCGUCCGGGUUUGCGGAUCUCCACUCCCCUCUGGACUGGGGUCUAGGACACAUCACCACCCCAGCGAUCAAAGAAAAAUACGAAAGAAUAGUUUCCCGACUCACAGACUCCCUCCGCUUCAUGCAAACGGUCGGACUUGAUACCGACCGCGGCAUUGAAACCGUAGACUUCUACGCCAGCCACGAGGGUCUCAUGCUCGAAUACGAACAAAGCCUAACCAGACUCUUAAAACACCCCGCGAUAGCUCUUCCAGGGUCGGACAACACCACCGCACGGCGGGCCAGCAUGCACUCUAGACCUUCGCCGACUGGGUACUACGCAACAUCUGCCCAUUUCCUCUGGAUCGGUGAUCGCACCCGCCAACUUGACGGGGCGCACGUCGAGUUCUUCCGCGGUAUAUCCAACCCAAUCGGCAUUAAAAUCGGGCCUACCAUGCAACCCGACGAACUAAUCUCCCUCCUCGACAUCGUCAACCCAUCCCGAGAAAUCGGGAAAGUCACUCUAAUAUCUCGCUACGGCGCAUCAAAAAUCGCAGAGUAUCUGCCCGCACAUAUCAAAGCCGUGCAGGCCUCGGGGCACGUACCAGUCUGGCAGUGCGAUCCUAUGCAUGGAAACACCCGUGCGACUCCAUCGGGGGUGAAAACCAGACAUUUUACCGAUAUCCUAUCCGAAUUAAAGCAGGCCCUGGAAAUCCACCGCUCUCUUGGCUCCUACCUCGGAGGCAUGCACCUCGAAUUAACCGGAGAGGCGGUAACGGAGUGUGUAGGCGGAGCAGCAGGUUUGACUGAAGACGGCUUGAGCGAGCGAUACGAGACGUUCUGCGACCCGAGAUUGAACGAAAAGCAAGCCUUGGAAUUGGCAUUUUUGGUAGCCGGUUUCUACCGUGAAGAAUUGGAUGAGCCGGUUGCGAAUACCAUUUGAAGCACAAUCUUUUAAAACAAACAAAAAGGAUACAGGCUCUGCCUCUGAGUACAGGUUUCGGGCUCCUUCUUUCCAUUUCGUCUAGAAAAGCUCAUUUUUCGGCAUAAGAAUAGUCAUAAGCUUCAAUAGAACAAAUUCUAUUUCCCAUUAUUGAC